UCGGAUAUUACACGGAAGGCACACAAUAGUCCCGACGAGUGUGAAAAAUGGGUUAUAAGAAUAUUAUUUGUUGAGCCAUGACAGUGUAAAUUGAAGUGCUUUUGGACUGUUUUUUACUGAAAUUUCUUAAAAUUCUUUGUGUAGUGCAUUAUAAACACUGGUCCAAGACCUCAAGUGCCAGUUAGCCCUGAAAAAAACUGCAAUACCAAAUAAUUCAAGAUGCGGGAGUACAAAAUUGUAGUGCUGGGUUCGGGUGGCGUAGGUAAAUCGGCGUUAACAGUGCAAUUCGUGCAAGGUAUAUUCGUAGAAAAAUAUGACCCAACGAUAGAAGAUAGUUAUAGAAAACAAGUGGAAGUUGAUGGGCAACAGUGCAUGUUGGAAAUUCUAGACACAGCUGGAACGGAACAAUUCACUGCAAUGAGGGACUUGUACAUGAAAAACGGACAGGGUUUCGUAUUGGUCUAUUCAAUUACUGCCCAGUCGACGUUUAACGAUCUUCAAGACCUCCGAGAACAAAUCCUUAGAGUCAAGGACACUGAUGAUGUUCCAAUGGUAUUAGUUGGUAACAAAUGCGAUCUAGAAGAUGAACGAGUGGUGGGCAAAGAGCAGGGGAAUGCCCUGUCGCGCCAGUUCAACUGUGCCUUUAUGGAAACUUCUGCCAAAGCAAAAAUAAAUGUUCAUGAUAUAUUUUAUGAUCUAGUUCGACAAAUUAAUAAAAAAUCGCCGAAGAGGAAAGAGCCCAAGAAAAGGAAACCGAUCUGUGCACUCCUGUAAAAUAACUUCACUUGGAACCAAAAAGUAAAUUUUUAAAAAGAUAUUUUAUGAUCUAGUUCGACAAAUAAAUAAAAAAUCUCCAGAGAAGAAACACAUCAAGAAAAAGAAAUCGCUUUGUGCGCUCCUGUAAAAUAACUUCUGGAACCAAAAAAAAAACAAAAAGAAGUACAUUUUAAAACAAAUUUCAAAACUUUUAAAGACUAAGGUGGAAAAAGUGUAGAAGCCUGAGGCAAGUGCGGACUCGCAAUGCAACAUAGUCAAAAAUUACAUUACUGAUAGCCCUAUUAUUUCUCUCCACAUGUUUUUUUUCUAUAAAUCGAGGUUGUUAACUAACUAUAGCGGCAAUUUUAGUGAUAGAGUAUUUAAAAUACUGCCAAUUUUGUGGUGUCAAAUAGACGUAGGUCUCACAGCCAGGUGCCUGCGAUUUUUCAACCGUAUGUGGAUAAUAGAAACCGCUUUAGGGCCUGGUAUUUGAAAAUGAAGAGAAAAUUGUUUCCUUGCCUGUCGAAUCAUUUUCAUAUGUGAUUUUUACGGCUCUUAUUACCAUUCAGACAAGUAGUUUUUAGUGGACGCAUCUGAUCGCCUGGUUAUCGUGGUUCUGUUUAAUUUCGAUAUUUUAUUUUUAUGUUCAUCGAGGGUGAAUAACGGUCCGCUUAUGUGGAUUUUUUAAUUAAAAAUUGCACAAAAGCUAAUACAGAGCUCUUCAGUUUAUAGCUUUUUAUAAUCAAAGCUUUGAAGUCGACUAAAAAAUCUCCAUAUUACGUUCAAUCCAUUUAUCAGAAAGAAAAUUUCAUUAUAUACUCACAAAAUCGAGUAAUUUCUUUUAAAAUUAUUAAGUUGACUUUAAGGACUUCAUAAUUUAAAAAUACUAGAAAAUAAAUGUCAUUAAACUGUAACUAAGACUAACAAAACAUUACCACACUCGGGCCUUAUUUAUCGAAUACACAGUUAUUUUUGACCACAUUUUCAAUUUUUUUAUACACAAGAACGUAAUUUAUCUUUAAGAGUAUUCGCCACUACUUAUAACAUGUCUUUACUUGCUUUAAAGAUUUCUGACACAAAAAUUGGCGGGAUUUAAACACUUUUGGCCCAUUCUAUGUGAUAGUGACCCUUGGUGCUUUAAAACAAAUAAAGUUUCUUCCAAUUAAGCUUUGUUUUUUGUUCAGGUUCAAAACUCUUCUAUAUAAGCAGUGGCGUUUAUAUCAAAUUGACAAUAUUUUAGUUAUUUUUUUGAAAAGUGAUGUACAGGGUGUGAGCGAUUUCAAAGAACUUAUUGAUGGCUGGCAAUUAAAUUAUCUCAAUAUAUUUUUAACUUCAUAAGUGGUUAUAUAUUAUUUGUACAGGGUGGUUAGUAAUUUUUUUCAUUUUAAAGUGCAAUAUGCGGCGAAGAAGGUUUUUUUUGCAUUUAGAUUAAACAAUAGAUAAUUUUUCAUAAAAUAAUCACUCUGUACGUAGUAGAUGCCUAUGUAUAAAAUGAAAAUUGUAUUUUUGUCUAUAUCUAUGAGUUCACAUAGCUUUUACAUUUCACAGCUACUUAUUAUAUUACUAUUAUUAUUAUUAUUAUUAUAACUUGAUAUACAAAUGUGUUUAUUUUAUGUAUUUAUAACAAAUAUUGAAUUUUAUAUUAUGAAUAGUUGCCGAAUGAACUUGUAUAAAUGAUUCUGUCUUUAAAAUAAGCUUACGUUUUGUUAAUGAUUUAAUUAAGGGAAACUUCGAAGAUAAUCACAAAGCUUGUAACUUUUUACUUUUAAAUAAAUUACUGGUCCCAUAAAACUAUUA